UGACAGGUUUGGAGAGUUACAUAAUAAGGUGGGACCGUUUGAUAGUAUAGGGCGUUAUAUACUCCUGCUCGUGAACUUCGCUUCCUACACGGCACUCUUGCAGCCUGCACAGACGCGGCACCCAUGUCAACCAUGAAGCUAACGAGGGGCUUCGUGUGGGUGGCUGUAGCCCUGUGCUGCUUCUUAGAUACUGUCUUUGGAGUUGAGGUCGACUGCAGCCGGUAUCCCAGCGGCGUCUCUGAGGACGGCACCCCCUGGAUAGGCUGCCCGAGGGACUUCUCACCCGUGUGCGGCACAGAUGGCUCCACGUACAGCAACGAAUGUGGCAUCUGCCUCUACAACAUGGAACACAGUAGCCAUGUUGCUAAACAGCAUGAUGGAGAAUGCAAGCAGAAACUUAUUCAGGUUGACUGCAGUAGAUACCGUAGGACUAAAAAAGAUGGUGAAGUCCUGGUAGCCUGUCCAAGGAUACUGGAACCAGUAUGUGGCUCUGACAGCCUCACUUACAGCAACGAAUGUGGGAUCUGUGACUAUAAUGAAGAACAUCACACCAACAUUAGUAAAAAGUAUGAUGGAGAAUGCAAGCAUGAGAUUGUCUCGAUUGACUGCAGCCAGUACCCAACAGAAGUCACUAAAGAUGGCAAAACAUUAGUAUCCUGUCCAAGGGUCCUGCAUCCAGUUUGCGGCACAGAUGGUUUUACAUAUGAUAAUGAAUGUGGGAUCUGUGCCCAUAAUGGAGAGCACAGCACCCAUGUUGGCAAAAGGCAUGAUGGAAAAUGCAAACAGGACAUUCCUACACUUGACUGCAGUCAAUACCCAUCAAAAGUGACCGAGGAUAGUAGAGCCCAGAUACGCUGUCCGAGGAUCCUACUCCCAGUCUGUGGCACAGAUGGGUUUACCUAUGACAAUGAGUGUGGCAUCUGUGCCCAUAACAUAGAACAUGGAACUGACGUUAAGAAGAGUCAUGAUGGAAGAUGUAAGGAGAAAAGUCUCCCAGUUGAGUGCAGCAGAUACCUGACCGGUACUACCAAAUCCGGCGAAACCAUCACAGGCUGCCCCUUCAUCCUGCACGAGGUCUGUGGAACAGACGGCGUCACCUACAGCAAUGACUGCGCCCUGUGUGCCCAUAACUUAGAAUUUGGAACCAAUGUAGGCAAAAAGCAUGAUGGAAAAUGCAUAGAGGAAGUUCCUCAAACCAGAGGCCGUACCAGAGCUUUUGCUGUGUUUGCUUCCCAGCUCAACUGCAGCAAGUACCGAACAGUCGUUACAGAUGACAAGAGGCAGCUGAUGCUCUGCACAAUGAUCUACAAUCCUGUCUGUGCUACCGAUGGCAUCACUUACGCCAGCGAAUGUGUGCUGUGUGCCCACAAUCUAGAGCAUCGGAGCAGUCUUAGAAAAAGACAUGACGGAAGAUGUGCAGAAGAUAUUACAAAAGAUUAUUGCAGCAGCUUCCAAAAACCCUCUCCUGUGUGCACCUUGGAAUAUACACCACACUGUGGCUCCGAUGGCAAAACAUAUGGCAACAAAUGUACUUUCUGCAAUGCAUUCCUGAAGAGCAACAGGACUCUCACAGUCAUUGCUCAGAGAGAAUGCUAACUGCACUGGAGCCCAGCUCAGGAAGAAAAACUCUCUUGUUUGUGACUCCCCAUGGACUGAUCUUCCCUAACAGGUUUCCUUCAGCUUGUCUUGUUUCCUUCUAUCUCCUGAAACACUUUUUGUUCAAUAAACUCACUUGGCAACA